CGGACAUGGCGCUCACCUGCCCGGCGGCAGCGGGCGGCUCCGGCGCCGCGGUUCGCGGGUCCCGGCAGAAAGGCGGCUCGCGCUUCAGCGGAGGGGCCGAGGGAGGGGGCGGCGGCGGCGGCGGCGGCGGCGGGGGCGCGGCCCGGCGGCCCGGCUGUUAGAGCGGAGCGCGCCGGGGGCCUGGGCGGCAGCGGGCAGCGCGGGGCGCAGCCCCCGGGGCGCAGCCGGCAUGGUGUCCCAGGUGCUGCAGCUGCUCCGGCAGGGCGUGUGGGCCGCGCUCACCGGGGGCUGGUACCACGACCCGGAACACAGCAAGUUCACCAACAGCUGCCACCUCUACCUGUGGCUGUUCCUGCUGCUGCUGCCCUUGGCCCUGCACCUGGCUUUUCCUCCAAACACCAUCACUGUAUUGUUUUACUGCAGCUCCGUGACUAUAUUCUUCGCAGUAAUCAAACUGGUCAGCUAUCGCCUGCACCUCAUGUUCGAUACGGGAGAAGUGACUCAGCGCAGGCGCUCCGGAGAGGGAGAAAGGCCCGGGAAAAACAGAGAGGCCAGCAGGGAACACACAGCCAACCACAAAGCCCCAAGCAGUACCAGGCGGACGAGCCGCGGCACGAAGGAGGAGGCCAGUCGGAGCUGCUGCACACCCCCGCUGCACUGCAGCUCCAGAGGGCGGAGCUCCAGCUCGCACCGCUCCUCCGGGCAGCUGGAGUUGCCCGCACAGGAAACAGUGGAAGAUCUCAAAGGUGUCAUUCUGGCAGAAGACCAGCCUGUGGCUCCUAGUGUCAAAGCCGGAAGCCAUCCCGCUUCUAAAGCGUCUGUGCCGGAAGCCACGGCCGCAUCAGCAGUCCCGGGGAAGCCAGUCGUGGGCAGAGGGGCCCAGGGGCAGCCCCCUUUCCGCCACAGGUCCGAGGGCGGCCUCGUGGAGAAAGGCGCCUUGCAGAAGUUGCCACGCCUGUCUCUGUCUCAGCACGACUUACUCGAAAGAGAGGUUUCUUUCCAGCCUUGGGGGAGUGAGACUUCUGUCCUGACUCCAGAGCCUGAGAGUGAUGCCCAGGGCUCCGUCAGGGGACAGCCACAGAGCAGGUCCCCCCAGGACAGCCCGAGCGGCAGCUGGCCCCAGUGUAGCACAGUGAUCGCCAAACCUGAGCACCAGCCAGGGGAUGCCUCCCGGCAGGUGGACCCACUCGCGAACCAGCAAGUGGACUGCUCAGACAGUGAGGUAGCCGUUACCCUUAUUGAUACUUCUCAGCCUGGAGACCCGCUGAGUCUGCAUGAACCCAUUAAAAUUGUCAUCACCAUGAGCAGUGCCCCGAGCUCCAUGACAGACUUGGAAAGCUCACUCCACCUGAAGGUGAUGGGGACCGAGAGAGCCGGUUUACAGUCUGAUGCUGAGCCCGCUACCCUAGGGGAGGCCAGUCCUCCCAACUUGGAGCAGAUGAGAAUUCCUGUCAUCACCCUGGAGCUGUCUGAGGAUGGGGGAGGAGGCGGUCUGUGUCCUGAAGGCAGCGGGAGUUGGAGGACCCCGGAGAGACUGAUGGUGGAGUCACCCUCUGCUCAGUGUUCUGGCUGCGAGUCUGGGGAGAGAGGAAAUGCCAUGAAGGACCCCAGUCUUUCCCUGGGAGCCCACUGUGAAACAGCCCCCCCACGCACCCCCACUGCGGCCUCUGAGUCCGAGCGGCAAAAGGAGGGCCAGGCCAACCUCGACCCAUCGUCCAGUAAAACCAGCCAGGAGAGGAGACACGCCCGAGUCCUCAGCGUGGACAGUGGCACAGACGUCUUCUUGAGCAAGAAUUCCACAGAAAUGAUUGACGAUAAAGAGAAAGCAAUGCCAACUUCCAAAUCUGACCUGGAGGCGAAGGAAGGGCAAAUACCCAACGAGUCCAACUUCCUGGAAUUUGUCUCCCUGUUGGAAUCGAUCAGCACUUCCAAGGUGGUGGCACCGAGCCAAAGGAGUCGCACUGCAGAGCCGGCCACAGAAGUCGGGCUUCCCGGAGAUAACUGCUCCCAGGAGAAAAAGGAUGAAAUCCUGGAAAGUGAGAAGCCCAGUGGACACAAUUCCACGCCAGGGAAACCAGAUGUGCAAAGUCAAGACCACACUAGCACCAGCCCCGUGUUCGCCGAGCCUGCCAAGAUCACAGCCCUUUUCCAGGGCAGUAGACAAAGACAAAUAAUCUACAGGGUAACUUCCCAACAAGAUAGUUCUGUCUUGCAAGUCAUCAGUGGGCCUGAAACGUCUGUGCAAGAGGAGAUCUCUGUGGACGCUAUGCAUGUCUUCAUCGAUGAGCACGGGGAAAUUAGAUCCUGUUAUUUAAAGUCUGGAAAUCAGAAAGAAGGCCCUUCCCAGCAUCAGCCAUCAAAUUAUGCCAGUUUCCCGCACGCCGGAGACAUGCAAGUCAGCUCCUCCAGCACCACCACGUCUGAGAGCCCAGACCCUCCCUCGGGGGACCCUGCAGUCAGUGCCCUGCAGCAGCAGCUGUUCCUCAUGGUGGCGCGCAGGACGCAGCCGGAAACUCCGCGGCAUCUCAGUCAGGACCUGGAUGACUCGCGAUCUUCAACACAAGGGAAGUUUAACCGCGAUCAGUUUUACAAGUUUAUCAUCUUCCCGGGCAAGUGGAUUAAAGUCUGGUACGAUCGCCUCACCUUGCUGGCGUUACUUGAUCGAACUGAAGAUGUGAAGGAGAACGUGCUGGCCGUCUCACUCAUCAUCCUGGUGUCCCUGCUGGGGUUUCUGACGCUGAGCCGGGGCUUUUGCAAAGACCUGUGGGUGCUCCUCUUCUGCCUUGUCAUGGCCAGCUGCCAGUAUUCCCUGCUCAAGAGCGUUCAGCCCGACCCCGCCUCGCCGAUACACGGACACAACCAAAUCAUUGCGUACAGCAGACCAAUCUACUUCUGUGUGCUGUGUGGCCUUGUUCUGCUUCUUGACACAGGGGCCACGGCCAGGCGCGCCCCCACUUACGCUGUGUACGGCCUGAAGCUCUUCUCUCCAGGGUCGCUCCGGUCCGCGAGGGACGUCCUGCUAGCGUUUCUGUACUGCUUCCCUGCAAUUUCCCUCCUGGGGCUCUUCCCGCAGAUCAACACUUUCUGCAUCUACCUUUUGGAACAAAUCGACAUGCUGUUUUUUGGAGGCUCAGCCGUCUCGGGGAUGACGUCGGCCGUCUGCAGCGUGGCCCGGAGUGCCGCCGCCGCCGCCGCGCUCCACGUGCUCUGCUUCAGCGCCGUGAAGGAACCGUGGAGCACACAGCACAUCCCGGCGCUGUUCUCAGCCUUCUGUGGCCUCUUGGUGUCGCUUUCCUACCAUCUGAGCAGGCAGAGCAGCGACCCAUCUGUGCUCCUGUCCUUUAUUCAAUGCAAAUGGUUCCCUAAAUUUUUACAUCAAAACCUGGAGGAGCUGGCUGCAGACCCUCUGCCCGAGAAGAUGAAAGAUUCGGUGAAGGACGUCUUCAAGUCGGAUCUCCUCAUGUGCUCGGUGGCCGCCGUCCUGUCAUUUGCAGUGAGUGCCAGCACCGUGUUCCUGUCCUUGCGACCGUUCCUCAGCGUCGUGCUGUUCGUCCUGGCGGGCGCCGUGGGCUUCGUGACCCAUUACCUGCUCCCCCAGCUCCGCAAGCACCACCCGUGGAUGUGGAUCGCACACCCCGUCCUGAGAAGCAGGGAGUAUCGGCAGCGGGAAGUGAGAGAUAUCGCCCAUUUAAUGUGGUUUGAAAGACUCUACGUUUGGCUUCAGUGUUUCGAAAAAUAUAUCUUGUACCCAGCAAUAAUUCUGAAUGCCCUCACUAUUGAUGCAUUUUCAAUAAGCAAUUAUCGGAGACUUGGGACCCACUGGGACGUCUUCUUGGUGACCGUGGCCGGCAUGAAGCUGCUCCGGGCCUCCUUCUGCAGCCCCGCCCCCCAGUUUGUCCACCUGGGCUUCGCCGUCAUCUUCUUCCACUUCGACUGCAGAGGCCUCUCCGAGAGCCUCCUCCUGGACUUCUUCGUCGUGUCCAUUGUGUUUAGCAAGCUCAGGGACCUGCUUCAGAAGUUACAGUUCGUCAUGGCAUACGUGGCUCCUUGGCAGAUGGCCUGGGGUUCUUCGUUUCACGUGUUUGCCCAGCUCUUUGCGGUCCCGCAUUCUGCCUUACUCUUCUUUCAGACGUUUGCCACGUCGAUCUUUUCUACGCCACUGAGCCCGUUUCUCGGGAGUGUCAUUUUCAUCACUUCGUAUGUCAGGCCAGUGAAAUUCUGGGAGAAAAACUACAACACGAGGCGCGUGGACAAUUCCAACACAAGACUGGUGGUCCAGAUGGAAAGGGAUCCAGCGAGCGACGACAACAACCUCAAUUCCAUCUUCUAUGAGCACUUGACGCGGGCUCUCCAGGAGUCCCUCUGUGGGGACCUGGUCCUCGGCCGGUGGGGGAACUACAGCCCUGGCGACUGCUUCAUCCUGGCCUCGGACUACCUCAACGCUUUCGUCCACCUGAUUGAAAUCGGAAACGGCCUCGUGACCUUUCAGCUUCGAGGCCUGGAAUUCCGAGGAACCUACUGCCAGCAGAGAGAGGUGGAAGCCAUCAUGGAAGGCGAUGAGGACGACAGAGGAUGCUGCUGCUGCAAACCGGGCCACCUACCCCACCUGCUGUCCUGCAACGCGGCCUUCAACCUCCGCUGGCUCACCUGGGAGAUCACGCGGACGCAGUACAUCCUGGAGGGCUACAGCAUCACAGACAACAACGCGGCCACCGUGCUGCAGGUCUUCGACCUCCGCAGGGUCCUCAUCCGAUACUACGUCAAGAGCAUCAUAUACUACAUGGUGACAUCCCCCAAACUCCUCUCCUGGAUCAAAAACGAGUCCCUCCUGAAGUCCCUGCAGCCUUUUGCCAAGUGGCAUUAUAUCGAGCGAGACCUUGCAAUGUUCAGCAUCAACAUCGAUGACGACUACGUGCCGUGUCUCCAGGGCAUCACCCGCGCCAGCUUCUGUAACGUCUACCUCGAGUGGAUCCGGUACUGCGCGCGGAAAAGACACGAGCCUCCGAAGACCCUGGACAGUGACGAGGACUCUCCGCUAGUGACCCUGUCCUUCGCCCUGUGCAUCCUCGGGAGGAGAGCGCUGGGAACGGCCGCGCACAGCAUGGCCCUCAGCCUGGACUCCUUCCUGCACGGGCUCCACGCCCUCUUCAAAGGCGACUUCAGGAUCGCGGCGCGGGACGAGUGGGUGUUCGCAGACAUGGACCUGCUCCACAAAGUCGUCGCUCCCGCCAUCAGGAUGUCCCUCAAGCUCCACCAGGACCAGUUCACGUGCCCCGAUGAGUAUGAGGACCCCCCGGUGCUCUUCGAGGCCAUCCAGUCCUGUGAGAGGAAAGUGGUCAUCUGCCACGAGGGCGACCCGGCCUGGAGGGGCGCGGUGCUGUCCAACAAGGAGGAGCUGCUCACCCUGCGGCACGUGGUGGACGAGGGCACCGACGAGUACAAGGUCAUCAUGCUCCACAGAAGCUUCCUGAGCUUCAAGGUGAUCAAGGUCAACAAAGAGUGCGUCCGAGGCCUCUGGGCCGGGCAGCAGCAGGAGCUCAUCUUCCUCCGCAACCGCAACCCCGAGCGCGGCAGCAUCCAGAACAACAAGCAGGUGCUGCGGAACCUCAUCAAUUCCUCCUGCGACCAGCCCCUGGGGUACCCCAUGUACGUCUCCCCGCUCACCACGUCCUACCUGGGGACCCACAGGCAGCUGAAGAACGUCUGGUGUGGCCCGGUCUCUUUGGACAGCAUCAGAGCGUGGUUCCGAACCAAGUGGUCCAGGAUGCGGAAGGACUGCAACGCUGGCCAGCGCGGUGGCAACAUUGAGGACGUGGAUGGAGGGGGGGCCCCGCCUGCGGGCAGCGGCAGUGCCCCAAGUGGGGACAGCCAGGAGAGCAGCACGGAGCAGCCCAGAAAAGAGGGGAGCCACCAGUGGUCGCCCCGGGAAGGGACACGGAGCACAGGCAGGAGGAAGGGCAGGAGUCAGUCUGUCCAGGCGCACGGGGCAUUAAGCCAAAGGCCACCCACCUUGAGCUCGUCCGGCCCGCUCUUAGAAAGCCAGCAGCCCUUCCUGCAGACGUCCGCGUCGGCCCACGGGCUGGCCCCGAGGCUGUCGGGCAGCCAGCUCUCCUUACACAGCUCAGCUGUGUCCCUGCACUCUCGGCCCGCCCCGGUCACCACCGCCGGCCACCUGAGUGUCCGCGAGCGGGCCGAGGCACUGAUCCGGUCCAGCCUGGGCUCGUCCAGCAGCUCCACCCUCAGCUUCCUCUUCGGCAAGAGGAGCUUCUCCAGUGCCCUGGUCAUCUCUGGGCUCUCUGCCGCGGAGGGGAGCAACACCAGUGACACCCAGUCGUCCAGCAGCGUCAACAUCGUGCUGGGCCCCUCGGCCCGGGCUGCCAGCCAGGUCACACGGCAUUUCUCCGAGCCGUGUGAACCCACCGAAGCCAGCGAACAGGGGCAGCUUCGCGGCCGCCGUCUGGCUGAGGGCCUGGGCACGGCCUGCAGGAGGGCCAGCCAGGAGGACGUGGGCCUGGACGACACGGCUUCCCAGCAGAGCGCCUCGGACGAGUAG